ACCACAUGGGCCCCGUGUGAGGAUGUGGGUUCUGCUCCUGUGCCUGGGUGAAGCGUGGCUCGCCUCUGCCGCACCUGUCACCACGGCAACACCGGCGGCCUCGCCACAAGCCCCGCCCACCGAGGACCACAGCACCCAGCUAGUGGACUGGCUGCUGAAGUAUGGGUACCUGCCUCCGCCUGACACCUCCACCGGGCAACUCCAGGCCUGGACGGCGGUGACCAGCGCUGUCCGCUCCAUGCAGAGGUUCGCUGGGCUCAACGACACCGGAGUCCUGGACGAGGAGACACUGGCACUGAUGAAGACUCCACGCUGCUCCUUACCCGACCAGGAGCAGACCUCUGGAGGUCCACCAAACCACGAGCAGAACCUGAGGAGGAAGAGGAGGAGGAGGAGAGCGGCGUCCACGUGGAGCAGGAGGAACAUCAACUGGAGGCUGCAGUCGUACCCGCCCUCCUCCACUCUGCCCAGAGACACUGUCCGCUCCCUGGUCUACUACGCCCUGCGAGUGUGGGCUCAGCCGACUCCCCUGGACUUCCAUGAGGUGGGCAGUCCCGGAGACACAGACCUUCAGGUGGACUUCCACCACGGUUACCAUGGAGACGACUACCCGUUCGAUGGCGUGGGCGGGGCUGUGGGCCACGCGUUUUUCCCGUCAGACCCUCUGCGGGCAGGAGGCGUGCACCUGGACGCACAGGAGGAGUGGACUUUCAGACGGACAGCGGCGGAGGGCACGGACCUGUUCACCGUUCUGUUGCACGAGCUGGGACACGCCCUGGGACUCUCGCACUCCUCCUCUCGACACUCGCUCAUGAGGCCCUACUACCAGGGGCCGGCCGGGGACCCCCUGCACUACAGCCUGGGGCCCCGAGACCUGGAGAGCAUCACGCAGCUCUACGGGAAGAGAGAGCAGCUGAAAACCACGGACGCCCCUCGCCUGGACUCAGAUUUGCAGCUCAGACACAGGCCCCACCCACACCCCCACCCACACCUCCACCACAGGGCUGCCGUCGACCGCUGCAACACCACCUUUGACGCUGUGGCCAAGAUCCGAGGGGAGACGUUCUUCUUCAAAGGUCUGAGCAUGUGGCGGGUGAGCACCUCCGGCCUGGUGUCCUCUCGGGGGGCAGCUGUGAGGAGGCUGUGGAGGUCCCUCCCUCUGGACCUCAGGCUCAGGGCAGUGCUGGAGAGGCCCUCGGACCACGCCAUCAUCUUCAUCAGCGGUUCACAGGUGUGGCUCUUCCGGGACCUCUGGCUUCAGGAGGACUACCCCGCGCCCCUCUCCUCUCUGCGGAUGGGCUCAAGGGUGGAGGAGGAGGAGAGCGGGGGGGAGAGGCUGGGGCUGAUGUGGGACGUGGAGGAGGGGCCCAUCUGGGGGGACACCGGAGCAGCGACUCCAGGACCAGAGGCUGAUGUGUGGACACGGCUGCUGAAGGAGGGGGUCAGCGGGAUCACCACGGACGCGGCCGGUGCUGUGUAUAUGUUCAGUGGCGACUCCUACUGGAAGUUCCCAUUCCCCGGCUCUGCUCCGGAGGACGGAUACCCUCGCUCCAUCGCCGUCGACUGGCUGGACUGCCCCGACACUGGGCUGCUCUCUCCAUCUCUGCCCCACCUGACCUCUCCAGCAGGGGGCAGGCAGGAGCUGAGAGAGAACGGGGGUCAGGAGAGAGGACACAAGGAGCUCGGAGAGAGGAAGGACAGAGGAGACGAGGAGAUAGGACGGGGGAAGGACAGAGGAGAUGAGGAGAUGAGAGGGUGGAAGGACAGAGGAGACGAGGAGCUAGGAGGGAGGCAGGACACCGGAGCGCACGUUUGGACCCACUGCACUUGUCAGGGCGGAGUCAAGGGCAGUAACACUGAUGGAGCAGUUGUUGUUUUGACUUUUUUGUCGAUGUUCGUCCUUGGACUCUGAAGUGGACCUCAAGAGAAAAGCUCUCCAUAUUUUUUUCUGUAAUUGCAUUCAAAUAUGAACAGGAAGUGGACAUGUCCUGCAUCAUUUGUACCACUACUGCAGUAAAGACGUUACUUGGAUCAACAGUUCUUCUCUUGGCUUUUUUUUAGGCUCUAGAUGAAUAAAAUAAACAUGACCUCUGUGCAAAUAAACACGCACACUUGUGUUGAAAUGAACCACUCUGGAGACGAUUCAGGCUGGAAAUUUCCGGGGAUGGACUGUCGUAUGAAUCCAUGGAGAUAUGUUUAAUGCCGUACUGUGGAGCGUUAUGGUCAAAGGAACAACAUUUUCAUGGAAACAAGCAGGGGGAGAAGUAAGAGGACAUCUGACAGGCUUUGGAGGAUCCAAGACCAAGAGUUUAGUCAAGUAAUGUCCAGGCAUAUGAAUCACUGGACGCACAAAUAAGCAUAACUAUGUAGAAGCAUCACUGUGUUAGAAAUGGUCAAAGGAAACUUUCUGGUGAAGUGUUUUACUCCAGUAAAUGUAAACAUUUGAGCAUAUGGUUCAUGGUAUGAAUUAAGAAAGAAAUGAGAACCACUGACCUGUAAGCAGCAUGAAUCUAUAGGCUGUAGAAUAACACGUGUAGGCCUACAUUCAUGUAAAUGUCCAGAGCAGAAUGUACAAGACAAAUGGAAUCUCCCUCUGGUAUUUUGAGUAUAUUUUGAAAUAAAAGUCUUAAACUUACUUUCAAAUUUGUGUAUUGUUCAAAUAAUAAUCAAAUAAACCACUGAGAAUGAAUAGAAAAAAGGGUAUUCAUAAUUCUGGUUACAUUUGCAUGUAUAUUUACACAGUAAAUCAAUGCUAAAGUCAAUGUACAACUCUUACUUUGACAUAUUUGUUAGACUGGAUGUCGACAGUUCCUCGUGGAAGGAGAAGAAAACGAGAGGCGUUCGUGUUUAGGGAAGAAUUAUGUUCCACAGACCAACGAUAUUGACAAAUACUGUUACCGAAAGACUUAGACAAACUUUAUUGAUCAAAUUAUUUGGACAAAGCAGCUCACAAAUCACAAUAUCUUAAGAGAAAAAAUAUAAAUGGUAAUAAUAAAUUCUAAAUAAGUAGCAAAAAGAGCAAGAGACAAGUGUCAAAUAAGACAUAAUUU